CUCGGCAAUUAUCGAGUGCUACGUCACGAUGUGCUCUAUUGAGGUUUUCCACGCGAUCUCUCCGCCGAGAGAGCAGUCUGCCGGCGCGCGCGGCGCCGCACACCGUCCACGGCGUAAACCCGCAAUAACUAUUCGACUCCAUACUUAACUGACCCUUGGGUUGAUUGCGACAGCUGCAUACGCCCGUCAGUUAUGCAAUUUCCACUGAAACCUCGAAGGGCGCAGUUAUGUGCAUCGGCCAGUGGCGCAGUGCACCGUGAAAGUUCAUUAAGUAAUAAUUGUGCGAUCGGCUCCCGAACCUAACGUAAUAUGCAAAUCAACAGUUCGUAACACUUGGUGAAAUUGUGAACGUUAAUUACACAGACUAAUAAUAGGCGGUGAUCGAAAUUCUACAAUCAACCACGAGGGAAAGCGUGGCGAGAGAGCGAUAGAGCGGUUAUUCGAAAUUCCCGUGGAUUGUGUACUGUUUGUGGUGAUUAACAGGUGUUGUUUAAAUGAUCUGCGACUCCAUCAGUGAUUGAUCGGUGGCGGAUACGGCCGCGGUGCAAGUGUGUCAGCCGCGGGGCGGUGCGAGUGCGAUUUCUCCGCUGUCACGCACUUCCGCGAGCGUCGCGCGUGGACUCGGGAGAUUCGCGUGUCGGCGGCGGCGGCGGCUGCCGGAGCCGUGUGCAGAGUGCCGGGUGUAGUGAAAGUGAGGUCUGUUGCGGGGGCGGCGAGGCGCGGCGUGACGUCGGCCGCGGUCAUGGGCCAUGUGGAAGGCCUGCGUCGUCAGUAAGCCGGAGCCGGUGCAGUUCCCUCACAAGCUCGACGAUGAUUACCAGCCAACAUGGCGGCUGUGGGGCGAGGAGCGCGUGGACGGCGCCGUGUACACCGUGUACCUCAAGAAGGUGCGCUACCACCGCCCCACGCGCAGCGCGUCCUCUGAGUCGGACGACGAGAUCUGCCAUCUCGAGUGGGAGACGGUGCGCGUGCGCUUCGUGAAGGCGGGCACGGUGGAGAAGCUGGUUGACGCACUAGCCACUGAUGAUGGGGAGCUCGAGUCCACCUAUGUCAAUGUCUUCCUCGCCACUUAUCGCUCGUUCGCGGAGUGCGGGCAGGUGCUGGACCUCCUGCUGCGGCGCUACGAGUCGCUCGCGGCCCAGGAUGUGGUCCAGGCCACCGCCGACACCGCCAUGCUGCAUCGCAAGACGCUGGUGGGGUGCCUGCACGUGUGGCUGGACACGUACCCGGAGGACUUCCGGCAGCCGCCGCGCCACCCCGCGCUGCAGCAGCUGCUGAGCUUCACGCAGCUGCGCCUGCCCGGCUCCGAGCUGCACUCCAAGGUGCUACACAAGCUAGCACUGUUCAGUGCGGAGCGCAACGGCUCGGGGCCGGCGGGGCCGGGGGCGACGGGCGCGGUGUGCCUGGCGCCCGGCAUGCGCCUCGCCGCCGCGCCCUCGCUCGCCUACCGCCUGCCGCACGUGCAGCACCGGCACUUCGCCGAGCAGCUCACGCGCAAGGACGUGGCGCUGUUCAAGCGGCUCAUCCCGCACCAGUGCCUGGGCGCGGUCUGGUCGCGCCGGGACAAGGACCGCUCGCACGACGCCGCCACGGUCUCCGCCACCGUGCGCCAGUUCAACGCCGUCACCUUGCGCGUCAUCAGCACCGUGCUGCUGGAGGUGGACCUGCGCCCGCAGGAGCGCGCCGACAUCAUCACCGCCUGGCUCGACAUCGCGCGCGAGCUACGAGUCCUUAAAAACUUCUCCUCUCUAAAAGCCAUCAUCUCCGGCCUCCAGAGCAACCCGGUCUAUAAGCUAAGGAAAACCUGGUCGUUUCUUCAUAAAGAGAAGUCGGAGCUGUUCGACGAGCUGGCGCGGAUAUUCAGCGAGGACAACAACCGCUGGGCGCAACGCGAGCUGCUGAUGCGCGAGGGCACGGCCAAGUUCGCGGACACGGCGGGGGAGAACGACCGCCAGCUGUCCAAGCUGCUGCACGAGCGCGGCUCGCCGGGGGUGUCCCACGGGACCGUGCCGUUCCUCGGCACCUUCCUCACAGACCUCAUGAUGAUCGACACCGCCAUCCCCGACACCGACGCCAAUGGACUCAUCAAUUUCGACAAGCGGAGAAAAGAGUUCGAAGUCCUCGCGCAGAUCAAGCUACUACAAGGCGCGGCGAAUGCGUACCAGCUGCCCACCGACCCCAUGUUCGACCGCUGGUUCGACUCGGUGCCAGAGCUUGAGAACCGAGAAGCUGAACUCCUGUCGGACAAGAUCGAGCCGCCGAGCCAGCCGGGCAAGGACCGGCGGCGGCGGCCUGACCCCGCCGGCCACCGGAAGAACGACUCCAUCACCAGCACCAGCUCCAGCAACAGCUCGCAGUUCUACUACGAGCACGACGGCGUUAGCGGCGCCUGGAAACGAGACAGCCUGGAGAGGAAAGCGUCUCCAACGCGGAUGUCAAACGGCUCCUCUUCUUCCUCGAUACCGUCUUUAGACGUGUCGUAUUCGAGUGCGAAUAGUGGGCAGAAGCCGAACGGUAAAGCCGGUGGGGCGAGUCCGGCGCAUAACAACGGCAACAAGGCUGAGCCUGACUUCUACAUCAUCCGCGUGACGUACGAGAGCUCGUGCGUGGAGACGGAGGGCGUGGUGCUGUACAAGUCCAUCAUGCUGUGCAACAAGGAGCGCACGCCGCAGGUCAUCCGCAACGCCAUGCUCAAGCUCAACCUCGAGGGCGAUCCGGACGACUACACGCUGGCGCAGGUGCUGCCCGAUAGAGAAAUGACGUUACCAGCUGACGCCAACGUGUACUACGCGAUGAAUGCGGCGUAUAACCUGAACUUCAUCCUGCGCCCGCGCAAGUCCAACAAGCCCGCCGAGCCAGUAGCCAAUGGGAAGGCGAAGGGAAAACGCACCUGAUUAUACACGUGUUAAGGCGACUGGGGGACGAACAAUGAACAUUCUAUAUGAAAACAGUGCUAUAAAAGUGAAAUGGAACUGAAAUAUGAGGAAAGGGAUCCAGCGUCUUAACGUAGCAGUUUAACUUAUUUCAUAAAUUUUCCCAGUUUUAGAAGACUCAAAGACUCAAUGUGUAGUUAAAUGCACUGUCGUCGCUAUUCCUUCUGUUAUUUAUUUUUUGUGUAAAUGUUUUCUUUGAGUAUAAAUAUUUGUAUAUUUUUCGGUGCGCCAACAUACUUUUAAGAAUACCUAACUACCAUGUUCUUUACAAUUAAGGUAAUAAACCUGAGAUAUCUCAUUGUAUGGUGUCUAUAAACAUUAUUUAUUUAAGUAAUAGUGUGUACAUUGAAGUUUCCACCUAUUAAUUAUUGUGUUUGUUGAAAAGAUAUAUAUACUCAAAUGUUGUGAAGUAAGUUGUACAUAGCGGAUUUGUGUAAAAAAGUGAAUCUCGAGAGAGUAACACCAUGGAAUGGAUCUAUAAUAUAAUACAUACCAUGGAUAGAUGGGCAAUACUGCUUAGAAAAUUAAAGGUCCCUAACAGCAGCAAAAAAACAACUAUCAAAGCAAAUGACGAGUUAACGGAAAAACAGUACCUAAAAUAAUUCGGUUAGAUUGGGUUGUUCAUCUAGAAGUGGUUGUCUAUGGUAGUAGCAUAUAGAUUGUAUUAUGAUAAUGAGCCGAAUACAGAUCGGUAACAUCUCAACCAAUAGGUGCUCUUUCACAUUUAGGAAAACCCUAAGCUUUAAAUAUAUGAUACAUUUUAAACCGAAUUUGGAAAUGAUAUUGAAAGUAUGUAAGUAUUGUAAUAUGUAGUAGAAUUUUAUAGAGAUAGUUUGUAAACAUUUAUGGAAUAUUUAUAAAGUGUUUGUAUUGAAACCUAGUAAAUGCUAGAUAGUGUUAAACACGUGAAUUUUGUGUACUUGUAUAUGUAUGUCGUGUUCAAAAUGCCUUAGACCAUUCGUAAGUAGUAAUUUAUAAAUGAAGUAUUAACAAAAAAUAUAUAAACCGACUGAACAUCAAUGAAAUGACGCCAUUUUAACUACAUUAUUAUUAUUAAUCGACUAGUAAAUGUGAAUCCUGCCUUGUUUUAUCACCUAACUACCAAAAACACUAGCCUCGUUAUGUUUUGUAAAUAUUUGUACCAACCUAAUGUUGUAUGUAAUUAUUGUAGAUUUCCACCAGUGUAACUGUAACAUGUUUAUAUUAUUUGUGUAAUAAAAUAUUGAACGUA